AUGGCCACGUCUGCUGAAAUGUCGGGCACAGUUCAGCAAAUCGAGAGCAUCAUUCAAACAAUUGAAAGCAAAAUAGAGGUGUCCUCCCAACAGCACAGCCCAGCAUCGAAUAGUUCUUCAACAAAGUCUGAGGACAGUGGAUUGGAUGAUGGACCAAAAAAAUCUGUUACCUCCACCGUUUCGGCCAAACCAAUCUCUCGCAAAUCUUCGCGAAUGUCGCAAUCGUCUGGGGUUUCACUUCCACCGGUGCUCGAGCAAUUGGAGCACAUGAUUAUUUCUGACGACUGGCUCGGAAAUGAGACGACCACACCAGUCGGGUUAAAGCAGCACGUCCAAGUGGCAAAGACUAGGUUGGCGCUUGAUUUCGUAUUCAUGAAUCAGCUUCCGUUUUUCUUUCCUUGCAGAUCUCGCGAAGGACAAAAGCUUUCCGAGUUGGGACGAACUUUGGUCACAUCUGCAAGUCUCAAGUCCUACAUUGAUCUUUUGAGCAGUCACCAUCGCCAGAGCAUUGCUUCCUGGCUUUACGGAAGUGUCAACCAUGUCUUCAGCAACCUUUUCAGAUUUUCGGACUCGCAAGUCUAUUGCUCGGACCCGGAAGCUACUAUUUCUCUCUCAAUUAGAAAUGGAAUUGGACAUGCUAUCAAACUUGCGCUCAAGUCCUCUUAUGGAACUGACUAUGCUACCAAGGGAUGGAAGGCGUUUGUUGAGCAGGGAGCCCCUGUCGUGUAUGUGUCUCCAGCUCUUCACAUGGAUGUUUCAUCCUACCUGGCUUCAGAGUUCGGAAUCGCUGAUGUUACCAUUCUUCCAAAACUUGAGUCUGAUUUGAGUGAAAUCGAAGGAAGAAUUGACCAUCAACAAUUCGAGAAGAUCCUUGACGAGGACUUGGCUGCCGGGAAGAAGCCCCUCAUUCUCAUUGGUGUCGUCGGAACGACCAUUUUGGGACAGAAUGACAUGAUUUCCAAGAUUUUGGAAAUUCGGGAGAAGAAGGCGCAUUUCUGGCUUCAUAUCACUGGACAAGCAAUCGCUGCAUUGACAUUCCGCGAGCCAAAUAAUGUUCUGGUUCAUGUGUUGUCUCAAGUGGACAGUAUGACAUUCCCAAUUGCUCUUUGGCUUGGUAUCCCAUCCGCUCCAGUUGUGACUCUACACAAAUCCGUCGAGGGAUACAAGGCAUCGUACCGUGAGAAACUGGACAGCCUCCCUUGGUGGGUAGCCUCGUCCUACCUUUCCGGAAAGAAAAUCGUCGACAUGGUCGAAAACGCGUUCUUGCUCAGCAAAGUGAUGCUCAAGGGACUCUCCGCAAUCCCAGAGGUCGAAAUUGUUGGCGUUGAAAACCCAGUAGAUUUCGCUAACCGUGUCUACAAGAGCAAGUACACUGCUCCAACUGUGCUCAUUUUCAAGUACAACUAUGUCAGCAUCAAAAAUGCUAUUCAACAUCAUAAGGAUUUGAUCCAGAAAAAUGAGGAUCAUGAUGCCAUUUCAAUUGCUGAGAAGACGCUUCAAGAUGAGUUGGAGUAUGGAGAUUAUCUCAAUGCUUGGCUCCGUGACGGACUUCUUCCAGAGUCACAAGCCCUUGGAAUUGAUACGAUUGAGCUUGGAGGAAAUUACGGAAUCGCUUUCCGUUUUUGCCCAUUGGAGCACGCAGCUACCUUCUCCUCUCACAUCGAUCAUGUGCAACGAUUUGUUCGUAAGCUGACUGACAUUAUGAGAAUUGUUGAGUCUACUGUAGCCGCCAAGCUCAAGUUCUCGGAGCUCAAAGAUGACUUCCCAUCUUUGGUGCUUCUUCCAAUCCGUAACUGGGCUGGAAUUGGAGCUGUCUGCUACAUCCCAUCUAUUGUGAAAGAGACAAACCCAGAAGACUGGAAUGCUAUUCAAAAACAACAAAUCUCGCAUCUCAACUUGGAGCUUGUGCACCAAUUGAAGAGCGUCGACGCCGCUUUCUCUUCCGGCGACUGCACUCGUUAUGGUGUCUCUUGUGUCAAGUUUGGCAUGCUUUCCGACGUCAAGGAUUUGCAUAAUUUGGUCCUGAUGGUGUCAGAUAAAGGAAAAGAAAUUGAGAACAGCCAACAGUAUUUGGAUAGUUUGGCGGACUUGAUUCGACAAGGAAUCGAAGCAGCAAAUGAGGCGUUGAGAAAAGAAAAUGAUCAACGACUUCAAAAUGAGGGAAUGAUGAGGCAGCUGCCAAUUAUGGGAUCGUUGGUUAACUGGUGGUCUCCACUCACUCCAGAAUCACAGAAUAUCCGAGGAAGAGCAUUCAACUUGAAGACAGGAGAAAUGCAAGAAACCGAUGUUUUGUUCAAAUCCAAGAAAAAUAGUGAUGUCACCCCACCAAAAACGAAAAACGAGACUCCACAAAUUCCACACGAGCCAUCAGCCACAAAACUCGAGGAGGAGCCAUCUCAAUCGUCGUCUGAGGGUGAAGCUACAGUAGCCGAGGAAGUUACAAGCUCGUCUGAAGAAACAAAACCUGCUAUUGCUGCCGAAUCCGCAUAA